UGGCGCUUGUUGCUGCGAGUGCUAAUGACGACAUUUCGUCGAUUUUGUCGCAUCUGUCUGCAUUUUCGCUUUUGUGUUUACAUGAUGGAAGUGAGAUUUCUCGUGUGACUGGCGUGAUCGCAAGGGAACUUAAUCGUCAUGUAUCAAGACAUGACAUCAGAUAUGUCUCCGGAGAGCACAAUGCUGGAGUGCAAGAUCCAGAAAAUGGAACUUGGAAAGUCUCAACAUAGCUUAGUUGAACGUCCUCCGUACAGAAGUCAAGUCCACACUCAAAAAGCGUUCGAAACACUCAACAUACUUAGGAAGCAAAGUCUACUAUGCGACGUUACACUAGUCGCUGGCAGUACAGUGGUUUCUGCUCACAAAACUGUUUUGGCGUCCUGCAGCCCGUACUUCUACGCGAUGUUUACUAGCUUUACUGAAAGUCGUGCCAGUAAGAUUACUUUACAAGGCCUUGACGGCACAGCGCUGUCCUUGCUCAUUGACUAUGUCUACUCUGCGGAAAUUCAAGUUACCGAAGAAAAUGUACAGGUCCUCCUACCUGCUGCGAAUCUCCUACAGCUAAAUGACGUUCGAGAUGCUUGCUGCGAAUUUCUCCAAGCUCAACUGCACCCAUCAAAUUGCUUAGGCAUCCGAGCUUUUGCAGAUUUACACGGAUGUCUUGAUCUACUGACGCAGUGCGAUUCUUAUAUUGAGCAGCAUUUUGUUGAAGUGACUGAAAAUGAAGAAUUCCUAGCCCUUUCUGCGAGUCAGGUCUCACGCUUGAUUUCAAGUGACAGGCUCUCCGUUCCUUCAGAAGAACAGGUGUUCGAAGCGGUGAUGAACUGGGUGAACCAUGACCUUCCAAAUCGAGAGGAACAGCUGGGUUCCCUAAUGGAACAUGUCCGGCUGCCCCUGCUGUCCCAGGAGUACCUGGUGCAGCGAGUGGAAGAGGAACCAUUGCUCAAGUCAAACCACCUCUGCAAGGACUUCCUCAUUGAGGCUAUGAAAUACCACCUCUUGAAGGCAGAGCAGAAAAUCUUGUACGAAACGCCACGGACCAAGCCACGGACACCUGUUGGAAGGCCAAAGAUGCUUUUGGUAGUCGGAGGACAGGCUCCGAAGGCUAUCCGCAGCGUCGAGUGCUACGACCUCAAGAAAGAACGCUGGUACCAGCUGGCAGAGCUUCCGACUCGACGGUGCCGCGCAGGACUGGCUGUCGUGGACGGAUUAGUUUUUGCUGUUGGCGGAUUUAACGGCUCCCUGCGUGUCCGAACUGUUGACGCUUACGAUGCGGCUAGAGAUCAGUGGACGCAAGCCCCUAGCAUGGAGGCUCGCAGAAGCACGCUGGGCGUAGCUGUCCUCAAUGGGACUAUCUACGCUGUCGGAGGUUUUGAUGGGUCCACAGGCCUCAAUAGUGCCGAGUGUUACGAUCCCCGUGCCGAAGAAUGGAAGACAGUAGCAUCGAUGAGCAUUCGCCGAAGCUCCGUUGGCGUUGGAGUGCUCAGUGGGUUGCUGUAUGCAGUUGGGGGGUACGACGGUGCGUCACGACAGUGCCUCAGUUCGGUGGAGUGCUACAAUCCUGUCACCGAUACUUGGUCUCCUGUAGCUGAAAUGUGUUCACGUCGAAGUGGGGCCGGCGUCGGGGUCCUCGACAGCGUGCUCUACGCAGUGGGCGGCCACGACGGACCUCUAGUCCGCAAGAGCGUGGAGUGCUACGAUCCGGAGUCCAACUCUUGGUCGCAAGUUCCAGACAUGACUCUUGCCCGUCGCAACGCCGGCGUUAUGGCCAUGGACGGACUGCUUUACGUGGUGGGAGGCGACGACGGAUCGUCUAACCUGGCCUCAGUCGAAGUUUACAAUCCAAAAACGAGAGUGUGGAAUAUGCUACCGACGUUCAUGACCAUAGGCCGCAGCUAUGCUGGUGUGGCCAUUAUUGACAAGCCCAUUUAAUUCUAUCCAGUCCUCAAUACCCCCACAGCACAGCUUUCUUUUACUACCAUAAUUUGACGACAUGUACAGUUGCUGACCAAUUUUUCGGACUUGUUAAAGACGAAGGAAAGAAAUUGGUCAAAAUUUUCAGUCAGAAGCAGGCGUUCAGUUUUCCUCCAAAUACCUGAUGCGCAAUGGGUCCAAAUAUCUGUGUGCUGGCAUUUGCUUAGCAGCAUGUGUGUUGGCCAGGUGUCACAAAAGGUAUCUUUUAGUUUCGUGUUACUACCAUACAUAAUGAAAGGACUCAGUGACAUCGCAGGGGGUUGUCUCAGUAGCAAAUAUCUAUCUCUAUAUUGGAUACAAUAGGCUUUAUAACCCAUUUAUCAUACGUUUGUAAGGCAGCAGCCGAGAGUAUGUGCUUGCUCCCCCUCCCCCUCAUGCAUGUGUUGCACAUGUACAUUUGAUGUGAUGUAGAUAGCUUCAUGGGCAAUGAUGUCCUCACUUGCAAGGUAAUCUAAGAAUCAAGCAAUAGUGAACCAAUACGCAUAAAAAAAUAAUUGAGCAGUUCCUGAAAAAAAAAAAAGAGUUAAAAAUAUGGGACAUGAUAAAGAUUCUGUGCACUACAUAAGUUGGAACUAAUGAACUUAUAAAAAUAUUUUAUUGCUGAACAAAACACAUGAGUUGUGACUAUUAUUGCUUCUUUGGUGUACAACUACAAACCUGAAUGCAAGUUUAUUUACCAUAUGCUGCUUCAUAUAGGAUGGCUAGCAAUAAUCAAGGAUACCACAUUCCAAAAAUCCAACUAUACAUUUAUUUUUUUGAAUAACUAAGGUGUCUCGAAUACCGAACUUCAGUGCCCCGCAAAAAUUGAUGACAUUGUAAUGUGCAGAGGAUAGAACGAGGACAGUACUAUGGGUUUCGUAGCAAUGAAAGGUCAGCUGUUUCAACAGCUGAGUUGUGAAUUAAUGGCGUGCACAGCUGCCAUUAGUGAGUGACUCAGUAUGUCAUUAUCAUAUUUGAAGGUCAGUCAUGCCACUGAACAUUGAAGAGAACAAGGUUGUAGCAUCUGGCAUGUUACUACUAAAAAUGAUACUGUACAGAGUAAGGUAUGUGAUUAGUUUACGGUACAUACUAAACAGGGUUUCUGAAGUCAUUCUUUGUUGUGGCAGCGUAUGUAUUUCAUAUUUUCUUUUUCCUGUAUCUGGGUGAUAUGUCCUGUCCACGUGUAGGUCAUCUCUUGCUCUGAUGUGUAUGUGGGGUAAAAGUUGUACACUACUGCUUGGUAUUUUGGCAUUCAUUACUCUUUGGAAUCCAAGCCUGUGCAGACCAGUAGGUCGCAUUUAUCUGGGGCUUUCAUAUGUUUAAUAUCGUACAGGUUCCGUGAUGUCGUAGUUUAUUUCCAUCGAGAUUGGGACUGAGUAUUCUCGCACCAGCCAUCUACAGGUUUUCCCUGCAAUUUUAAUCCAAGUGCCAGCUAAAUUAAUCCACGUGCCAUGCAAACUUUAUGGGGCAUGGAUUAGUUCAGCUGGCACUUGGAUUGAAAUUGCCGGGAAAACCUGUAGAUGCGUGGUAAACACAACACCUUGGCAUAUAACGUUUUGUAGACGUUAGUAACCUUUUGCGACAUUUUAGAGAUACUGUGUACAGUACAUGGCACCUCUGACAUGAGUACGUAAUAAGGGCAUAUGGUUCCUCCUGUUGUGUUCAAGCAGAUAUUUCAUUGCAGGAGAGCUUGAAUCUCGUGGAUCAAGCUGAUGUAAUUAAACUCUGCUAUUAGCUGCUUCCUUUCAAUAUUGUACCACCAAGAAAACACAAAUUGCCGAUGUUGUACAUGUACACUACCGUGAUGUGAACAAAGCGUGUGUGCUUGCAUGCUCUGUCAUUUACUUCCUCGCAAAGGAACAUAACCUGUGCCACAGAACGACUGCCUGUAACAACAAGUGGUAUGACGUGUUGGUGCUUCUCAUGUAUUACAAGAGCAAGAACCAUAUCAGAAUUCAGCGCCUUGCUGAAUUUUUCAUCUAUCUCGCCAUUCACACAUUCCUGUGUGAAUUCCUGCGUGUGUGUGUUUUUGCCUGUGUUAAUAAGUCAGAGCCAUUCCAGCUGAAAUGUGUUAUAGUUGCAAAGACCACCAUUACUCGAACAUCUUGUUAUGCCAGUGACAUCAUGUGUAGCAGCUCGUAAUUUUGUGUAUCAAUGCAACACUGCAAAGCUUGCCAAGUGCUGGAUGUGUUCCUUUCAGCUCAAUUAGUGUUCUUGUUAUGUAUAUUUCCUGCUGCUCCUGCCAAUAUUGUAAAUACCUGUAUGUGAGAUCUCAAACAAUGAUGAAAGGGGAAGUUAGGCAGCUUUGGAAUUGUUUGGGAAUAAAGGUUUCUCUUUGGCAAA